AUGGCCGACCGUUACUCCUUCUCGCUGACGACAUUCUCGCCCAGCGGCAAGCUGGUUCAGAUUGAGUAUGCUCUGAACGCUGUCAACCAGGGUGUUACCGCCCUUGGCAUUAAAGCCACCAACGGUAUCGUUCUUGCGACCGAGAAGAAGUCGUCAUCCCCGCUUGCCGAUCCCAGCUCGCUGUCCAAGAUUAGCCUCGUCACCCCGAACAUCGGAAUGGUUUACUCAGGAAUGGGACCUGACUACAGAAUAUUGGUGGACAAGGCCCGCAAGGUAUCGCACACUGGCUACAAGCGAAUCUACAACGAGUACCCUCCCACGCGGAUAUUGGUUCAGGAUGUUGCCCGGGUGAUGCAGGAAGCGACUCAGUCUGGAGGUGUCCGCCCUUACGGUGUCAGCUUGCUCAUUGCAGGUUGGGAUGAGGGCAUCUUGCCUGAGGACGAGACUGAGACCAAGGAGGGCGAGGAGAAGAAGCCAACCGGCAAGACUGGUGGUACACUGAAGGGUGGACCUAUGCUGUACCAAGUCGACCCCUCUGGUAGCUACUUCCCUUGGAAGGCGACAGCCAUUGGCAAGAGCGCCACAUCUGCGAAGACAUUCCUGGAGAAGAGAUACACGGAGGGCUUGGAGCUUGAGGAUGCCGUGCACAUCGCGCUACUUACGCUCAAGGAGACUAUUGAGGGGGAGAUGAACGGAGAGACUAUCGAGAUCGGCAUCGUUGGGCCCCCAGCGGACCAUCUUCUUGGUAUCGAUGGUGUCGAGGGUGCGAAGGGCCCUCGCUUCAGGAAGCUCAGUCCUCAGGAAAUUGAGGACUAUCUUACGAACUUGUAA